AUGCCCCUGGCUGUGCCCCCGGACCCCCAGCACCCCCCCCGGGGCUGGCUGGCCCAGGGCAGGGGGUCCCCCAGGCUGGUGCUGGUGGUGGUGUUCGUGGCACUGCUGCUGGACAACAUGCUGCUGACCGUCGUGGUGCCCAUCGUCCCCACCUUCCUCUACGCCACGGAGUACAGAGGUGACAACAGCUCCGUGGCCACGGCCCAGCCCGAGCCAGCUCCUCCGGCCUCGAAGGCUCCUCCAUUCUCCUCCAUCUUCUCCUACUUUGACAACACCACGGUGUCCGUGCGGUGCUCUGACAGCCCCCCGGGGGUGCCCAGUGGGACGGAGAGCGGCCCCCCAGCACAGCCCCCCAGCAGCCCCCCAGCACCCCCAGGGGGCUGCCCGGAGGGGGACGAGUUCCUCACCAGGGAGAACGUCCGUGUGGGGCUGCUCUUCGCCUCCAAGGCUCUGGUGCAGCUGCUGGUCAACCCCUCCGUGGGCCUCCUGACCAACAGGAUAGGAUACCACAUCCCCAUGUUCGUGGGGUUCUCCAUCAUGUUCCUCUCCACAGUCAUGUUUGCUUUCUCAGGCACCUACACCCUGCUGUUCAUCGCCCGGGCCCUCCAAGGCGUGGGCUCCUCCUUCUCGUCAGUGGCAGGGCUGGGAAUGCUGGCCAGUGUGUACACAGAUGACUGGGAGAGGGGCAGAGCCAUGGGGAUCGCCCUGGGAGGCCUGGCCUUGGGCGUGCUGAUCGGGGCGCCCUUCGGGAGCGUCAUGUACGAAUUCGCGGGGAAAUCGUCCCCCUUCCUGGUCCUGGCAUUCCUCGCCCUCUUGGAUGGAGCCCUGCAGCUGUGCAUCCUGCAGCCCUCCCGCGUCUGCCCGGAGAGCACCAAGGCUACCCCGAUGUCCACCCUGCUGCGAGACCCCUACAUCCUGGUGGCUGCAGGAGCCCUCUGCUUCUCCAACAUGGGGGUGGCCAUGCUGGAGCCCACCCUGCCCAUCUGGAUGAUGCAAACCAUGUGCUCCCCGCAGUGGCAGCUCGGGAUGGCGUUCCUCCCUGCCAGCAUCUCCUACCUCAUCGGCACCAACCUCUUCGGGGUCCUGGCCAACAGGAUGGGGCGGUGGCUGUGCUCCAUGGUCGGGAUGGCUGUGGUGGGAGUCAGCCUCCUGUGCGUACCUCUGGCCACAAACAUUUACGGGCUGAUCGGCCCCAACGCUGGGCUGGGCUUUGCCAUAGGAAUGGUGGACUCCUCCAUGAUGCCCAUCAUGGGUUACCUGGUGGACCUGCGCCACACCUCCGUCUACGGCACCGUCUACGCCAUCGCUGACGUGGCCUUUUGCAUGGGCUUUGCUGUCGGUCCCUCCACGGGCGGGGCGAUUGUCGGAGCCCUGGGCUUCCCCUGGCUGAUGGUCAUCAUUGGAGUGACCAACCUGGCCUACGCCCCGCUCUGCCUGUGCCUGCGCAGCCCCCCUGCCAAGGAGGAGAAGAUGGCAAUCCUGAGCCAGGAGUGCCCCAUGAAACCCAAAAGCUACACCGGGCAGAAACCCCUGCGGGAAUUCCCCCUGUCGGAGGACAGCGACGUGGAGGCGGAAAACGCGGAAUAGCCAGUGCAAGGAUGUGUGCCCUGCUUUAAACCCAAGAUUAGGGUUACAAGCACAGAUCCACGAGCAGUGUGUGUAUCAACCUGCCCUGGAGAACAGCGCUGUCCCAGGCACGGCCUGAGGGGAACACCAACAUCUCUCGCAGUGUCCCGGGGCUUUGCGAAUGUCUUUAAAAGCGCUGACUGUUCCUGAAAGAAAAUGGAGUGGGAAAAAAAAAAAAUUAAAUCAGCUCUGGGAGAAUUCUUUCUCCAGAUCCUGCUCUAAACCCCAGCAUGAAGCUGUUCUGUAACAACAGGGCACAAUCCAUCUGUGCCACCGCCGGUAAAGAUGCCACUGUAAUGUCACUGCUCCAUGCUCCUCUGGAGACACUAAAAAAACCCAAUAAUUUCUUUUUUUGCUGCAGCUUGAUGAUGUGUCGUGCUGUUUGCGUGCUGCUCGGAGCUGCUUGUGUGU